AUGGCGCCGCCCCGGACCGUCGGAUCGUCCACGAGCAUUCUCCCGCUAAUCAACGCCGGCCACGUGUCCUCCAUCUGGCACGAUAUCCUCCUCAAUCCGCCUCCGUCUCCCGCCAAUGAAUUCUCCUCCCCGCGCCACCCCGGUCCCCCCUUCCCCGCCUGCACCUUCUCCUUCGUCUGCCGCUCCGCCAAGUCCCCGUCCGCCGAUUGCGGGAGCCGAGAGCUUCGUCGCCGCGACGACCCCCUUUUCUUGCGGGAGAAGCGGAAGGUCGUGUUGGGCCUAGACGGCAGUCAUUCGCUCUUAACGGCGUGCGACAACGUACCUCUUGAAGCGCUGGAGAUCGGGUCGCAGACGCGGGAACCUGGCGACGUGUACGACGUUUUCCCGCUGCUGGCGAUGCCCCUGCGACUGCUGGGGGCGGAGCGAAACAGCAUGCCAAUUUCGUGGAGGAUUGUAACCAUCGCAGCGGACGACGAGCUGGUGACGAGCGGGCAGCUGAAACAUUCCAUGCGCGAUUUGUUGGAUCGCGUUCGCGAUUGGGCGAACAAAACGGAUUUCUUUGGCGAAAUCGUGGGACCAGGCCGCUCCCCCAAUCCCUGCUUCGGCGCCUCCCCCUCUCCCUCACCCGCGGAUGCAGCGGAAAAAGAAGCGCGGGGAAGACCUUUAGGACUUGAAGGCUUGAGAACAAAGAGCCUGGAGAGGGGAGCGUGGGGCGGCGGAAGCGGCGGAAGCGGAGGAGCCCUGAUGCGAAUCUCACGAAUCGGCGGUCGAGAUUCGUUGAUCGGACGCGUGACGUUAGGAGCGGAGGAACCCGGGGAAGAAUGGGGAAAGUCUGCACGGGAAGCAGAGGGAGCGGAGGAAGCGGAGGAUCAAGCGGAGCAAGCAGCCAUGGAAGCCAGGGAAGCAGAGGCGGCGGAGAAAGCAGCAGAGCAAGCGAGGGAAGCGGAGCAAACGGUGCUGUACGCUCACAGCACGUGGCGGAUCCUCUGCCCCUCUCUGCGCCGCCCUGUUCUCAAGCGCCUGGGCAGCUCGCACCUGCCCGAGAAGCACCAUGGCGGCUCGCACCUGCCCGAGAAACAGCAGCAGCAACAGGAGCGGCAGAAUUGGCUUGUCCGCAGCCCCCCUGUACCUGCAUGCCGUUCUGCCUAUGCUCUGCCGGAUUCCUCAUAUUCAGCCUCGUCUGAAUCAGAUUCGAUAUCGUACAAGGCCGCGUGCUCCAGCCGGGUGGCAGCUAUGGGCUUCCGGGUUUGGUCUCUCCUCGUGGGGUGGGGCCGAAUGGAGGAGGAAGCAGAGGAGGAGAAGGAGGGGGAGGAGGAGGAGUGA